UUCAGAGUGACAGUCUGUUUCAUGGGAGGGCCCAGGGAGACAUGCAGAGGAAAAAACAGCAAAGCAACACAAAAACACACUAAAAACUGACCCCGUCACACAGACUCUCACUGAUACUGAACUGUUCUGUAGAUACCAACAUGCGUGGGACUCUCCAGCUCGCUGUGGCUCUCCUCAACAUUUUAUGGAUCUUUUUAACACCAGAAGCGUUCUCAGCUCAUUCCACUCCUGUACCAGGAGGAGGUGAACCUACAAUGGACUGGGAUGGACUGGAACCAACAUCUCCAGGUAGUCCUCCUGAACGGCCACCUAAGAUUCCAGGCGGUCCUCUUGUCUGUUCUGGUAGUUUCAUGGGCCCAGAUGAGUGCUGCUUCGUGUACUACCCAAGAAGAGUGAACAGAAGACUCGUCAGCUCAUGUCACAUCACUGAUCCAGAAUGCCCGAAACCUGGAGUCAUUCUGGUUACAAAUAAAGGUAGAGAAUUCUGUGUGGAUCCCUCUCUCCGCUGGGUUGUGAACAUGAUGCAAUAACUGGACACCAGCACUUCUUAAACAAGCGGUUGGCUCAUCCUUCUUUAAAGUUACUCUUCUUUAUCAAAUCACUUAAUAUGAACUGCAUGUUACAAUUUGGUCAUGCCUUUUUUUAAUGCAAAUAUCUGCUGUGAGCAAUUUAAUGAUUUUGUACCCGAACUGAGUCAUUUUGAGGCUGAAUGGCACAUUAUCCUCCUGUGAUUUUGCUUUGUAUUACCCACAAUAUUAUACACUAUAAACUUCAUAAAAAUAGUGUCAGUAGUUUGCCUUUUGUUUGCAAAAUAAAUGUAAAUAUAGCCUACUGAACAAUUUGCUCUCCAUAUUUGUUUCAUUGAACACAUGUCCAAAGACAAGUUUUACAUGUUGAAUCUUUAACUGACCUGCUGAAUACUUGGAAUUAAUAAAUUUGGAAGUGUAACUGGA